AUGUCAACAUUUCAACAUAAUCAAUUCAAUGGUUUUUCACCAAUACUUUUAUCACCAUCUUCAACAAGCAAUACAACAAUAACAAAUCAUAAUCAUAUACUUUUAUUUGAUAAUAGUGAUCAAGGUUCAGUUGAUUCUGAUUAUACAUCAUUAGGUAGUUCGAAAUUUUAUGGUAAUAGUGGUUCAUCAUCAUCACUUCAUCAUCAAGGACGUUCACAAUCAUUUGAUGAAUUAGCAUCAACAACAAUUACAACAACAACAAUACCAACAAGACAUUUUAAUGGUACAUUAAAUGUAAAUAAAUUAAAUAAUGAUCCAUUACAAUUUGUUAAAAUACAUCCAAAUCAUGAAUUAAUUGAACGUGCACAAGAACAAUUAACAUUAUUAGAAUCACGAAAACGUUUACAAGAAAAUUUUAAAUUAAAUAAUAAUAAUAAUAAUGAUAUUAUUAAUAAUAUAAAAAUAAAUAAUUUAAAUGAUGAUGAUAAUACUGAUUGGUCAAAGGCUGUUGAAAAUUGGCGUCAAAAACGUGAACAAAAACGUAAACAAAGUUCAAGUACAAUUCGUACUGAAAAUGAACCAACAACAACAUCAAAUAUUGAACCUUCACUUCCUAGUCCUGUUAAAAAUUUUGAUGUACCUGAAACAAAACCUAAAUUACUUUCUACUCCUUUACCUCCGCCUCCACCGACUAAUGUCUCACCAUUAUCUGUAACAACAAAUAUAUCUACUGGACAAUUAUUCCUAUCGAAUCGAAUUGAAUCAAAAAGUCCAACACCUCCACGAAAUAGAGGUCCAGGUAAAAUUCAUGAAAUAUUUAUUCAAAAACCAGUUGAAAUACGUGGUUUUGGUUUUAAACUUGAUGGUGGUCCAGCACAAAAUCGACCUAUUUAUAUUUCAACACUUGAAGAUGGUAGUCCUGCUGAUAAAGCUGGAUUAUGUAUUGAUGAUGAAGUUAUAUCCAUGAAUGAUGAAAAUAUUCAAAAUAUGACAUUUGAUCAAGUACGAAAAAUUCUUAAAGAUCGAAAUUUACGUGGAAGUAUUAAAAUGGUUGUUAAAACCUAUGAAGAUAUUAUCGAUGAUAAUUCUCAAACAGUUACAAUUGAACAUAGUCGGACACCAUCACCACAAAAACCUGUAUCUAAUUUACAAUCAAAUAUAUCCGUACCUCCAAUAUCUACAACAACAAGUACAAUAAUCGUUUCAUCAACGACUCCAUCAAAUGUUCAAUCACCUGUUUAUACAUUUUUACCUAGUACUGCUCCUCCACCACCACCACCACCACCUCCUCCUCCUACUUCAUCUAUUUCAACAUCUGAUACAAUUUCGAAUAUUCCUAUUCAACAAAUAUCAUCAUCACCAUUAAAUAUAUUCGCACCAAAACCAUUUCGUUCAACAGCUUCAAUUAAUCUUGAUUCACCAAGAAAUAAUGAAACAACAACAGGUACUGUUGAACAACAAUCAUCAACUGUAACAAAAUCAGCAUCUCGAGGCGUAGUUAAUACACUUCUAUCUAAUCCAACAUUAAUUUCAUCAAAUAUUAUCGAUUCACCAUCAUCUAUAAUAAAUAAUCCAAAACCACCACCACCACCAUUAACAUCAGUUGAUACUUUAUUACAUGGUUCAUCAAAUUCUAAUAAUAAUGAUUCUCCUAUUGCACAAGUACGAACAUCAGUUGAGAAAAAAAUGAGUCAAUUACAACAAGAACUUUUACUUGGUUAUCCUCAUACACAAACAUCACGAGAACAACGACCCAUCAAUAUACCAAUUGAUUUAACGAAAGCUUCAUUAACAAAUUCUACAAUAAAAACAUCAUCAUCAUCAUCACCAUCAUUUUCACCUUCAAUUCAACAACAAGAUUCAAAUGUUAAUAAUCAUAAUAAUCGAACAUAUGGUGUAAAAAUUACUCCAUAUGAAAAUACAAUUCAUUAUUUAGAUUCACAUAAUCAACAACAAUCAUCAACAUCACAAUUAUCUGAUCGUACAGUUAAUGAAUUAAGAGUUAAUUUAUCUUCACCAUCAACAUUUCAACAACAACAAACUUCUCAUCAAUUAGAUGAAAAAAUUCCACAACAACGUAUUACAAGUAAACAACUUCAUACAACACUUAAUCAAGCACCAAGAAAAAGUCAUUAUGAUGAUCAUUCAUGGAUUACUGAUGAGCAACGAAAACUAACAGCUACUUUAUCUGCACCACCACUAUCACAAGUUUCUUCAUAUAAUAAUGAAAGAAAUGGUAGUAGUAGUAGUAAUCGUCGAAUUACACCCCAAACUUCUCAACAUCAUCAAGAUUUACAAAUGAAUAGACAAGUAUCAAAUGAAUCAAAUACGUUUUAUUAUGAUGCUCAUACCAAUGAAUCUCAUCAUUAUCGUUCACGAACUAAUCAACAACAACAACAACAACAAAGAGAUUUUGAUCAGUCAAAUAAUCGACAUCAUCGAACAAAACAUUCAACAAAAUCACCAAUUCGUACGACGAUUAAUAGUAAUAAUAAUCGAGUUUUAUCUGUUAGUGGUAAAUUACGUUGUUCACGUUGUAAUGAUGAAUUAGGUCAAGGUUCAGCAAUGGUUAUUGAGUCUCUUGGUUUAUAUUAUCAUAUAGAAUGUUUUCGAUGUUUUGUUUGUAAUAUACCUUUAUCAUCAUCAUUUGAAGGAACAGAUGUUCGUGUACGAAGUAAUCGACUUCAUUGUCAAAAUUGUUUUUCAGAUGAAAAUGGUGUAAAAUUAAGUGCCGUCUAA